AUCAAUAUUGGAAAACUCUGUGGUGUAAUGCACUUUAAUCAAAACUUUUCCAAAGGUCUGCAAAACCGAAUACAAUAUCAACUUCACACGAGUGAUUCCGAUCUUAACGCCAGUGAAAUUACAAUUAACCUCGAUAUGAGUGAUACACAAACUGGGCUUUUUAUACAGAGAAAGCUAUCCAAGCGUUUUAUGGAAGUUCUUCAGGAUAUUAUGAGAGAUUGCAAAUAUUCGAUAAAAUUGAUUGAUCUACCCAUUAAAUUUGAAGAUCCUAUUUAUGGUAAAAGUGACUACAAUUAUAAAGAUUUCGCGAUACCGUCAGCCAUAUUAGCAUUUAUCUUCUAUUUGAGUGUCACAAUCUCUACCGACCUGAUACUCGCAGAUCGGUCGGACGGUCUCUGGAACAGAAGUGCGGUCCAAGGAGUCAGGACAGAAGAAAUCUUGCUAUCUCACAUUCUUUACCAGAGUUUAAACGCACUUAUCGAUACCAUCCUGUUAAUUCUCAUAUUCUUUGUUCUAUUGAGUACGGAUUAUAAUGGAUCGAUAUUCCUCAUAUUCUUUGUCGUAUUUCUCAGCGGCUUUUGCGGAUUGAUAUUGGGUUUAUUUAACUCUGUUUGGUCCAAAAAUCACGCCGUGGCGCAUUUCUUUUCGGCUGGAAGUUUUCUCCUGCUACUAAUGGUUAGCGUAGUGUACGGUAAUAAAAGAAGUGCAAGGAGUGAAACGCCAAAAAGAUAAACAAUAACCUAAAAAACGUCUGCAAACACGAACGCGCACAAACACGAGCGACGAGUUUCCUUUGGAAAUAAAAAUUACUAUCUAUAUUUUGUAACAAAAAUGUGAGUAUUCAUCAGCCAGACAGACCUAUAUCGCAAAUGAUUAGGGUAAAUUGGGGUAUUAUGGCCAUACGGAAAAGGUGGCCAUAGUCUGUAAUUUCUCCAGUAAUUGCUAAAUAGUGCAUUUUUAUAGUCAUUCUGAAAGAUAAUCAAUAUUUACAGUAGUUUAUAUACGUACACUAUUCGAAACAAUCUUAUUCUGAAUAUUAUAUAAUACUUUUACUUGUAACUACCUGCAAAAUUUUGCAUGUGUCCUGCUAUAACGUCGAAUAAAUUACUGUUAAGCCAUCAUAAUCAACGUUACGUAUAUAAUAA